AUGCGAGCACGAAGCAUUUGCAAAGCCGAUCGCCUCGACCAGACCGACGAUCGCGAUGCCUGGAAUCGACUUAGUGGCAUAGCACUUGCCUGGUCGCUGGCCAUUUCCGUGGCUUUGGCAGCCCACUGUUCCCAGGGGGAACGGCGCCAGGACGACAAGCGGCUGCGACUAGAGCAUUUUCAAGGUUGGCAGUUUCUGAUGUGCUGCAUCAUCAUCUGGCACCAUUACUGCAACCCAAGUAUCUUUUCGCAAUUGGCAUAUUGCUCCGUGACGUUCUUCGUCUUCUUUUCGGGCGUCGUGACGCAGUACGCCUAUGUAGACAAGAUGUCUGGUGUCAACGCACACCUGCUUUCAUUCUACUUGCGACGAACCGCUCGAGUUCUUCCGAUGUAUUAUGGAAUUCACUUCCUGGUGUUGGCUUUGUCGGGCAAAUCCCUGGCAACCGACUUCCAGGACUCGGUCUUGAUGAUUUGCACUUGGCACGGGUCCUCUCCUGCCACAAAUUUUCCUGCAUGGACGGUCUGCGCGCUGGUGUGGUGCUGGUUGUUUGCUCCACUGCCUUCCCGCCUCCUGUGCUGCAUACGACAGCGUUUCGGGAGCAGCGUGCACUACCCGAUGGCCCUUUGGGGCUGUUUGAUGACGCUGGGCUUCUGCGACGAAGUGCAGCCUGGCACGUAG